UAGAUCCUUCAUCGCCUCCAUUCAUUUCAUUCGCGCACAGUCGCAUCCGAGCGGCGAACCCUCCCCUUACAUUUCUCUCUCCGCCUGGAAAGAUGGCUGCUCCGGUGGUGGCGAGAAGCUCCGGCCCGCCGCUUUGCCCGAGCUUCGCGGAGGUAUGUUCGUUCCUGGAACGGUACGGAACAGCGCUGGACCUCCCUGAGAUGACUUUCCCGCAGAUGGAGAGAUAUCUGCGUGACACGACGGCAGUUCCGAAACCCUUGGUGGAGCUCCAUGUGAAGCUGCUCAGAAAACUGGGGAGGUCUGUAACCACCGACCGCUGGGAAAAAUACCUGGCAAAGGUUUGCCAGGAGCUGAACAGCACAUGGGCCUGGGAGUUGGAACAAAAGGGUUACCAGGAGAUGUCAAUGGAGUGCAAGUCAAGCAUACUCAAGUAUCUGUGUGAGUGCCAGUUUGAUGACAACCUGAAGUUCAAGAUGGUGGUCAACGAUGAGGACCCAGAGAAGAUGCGUCUGCAGCCUAUUGGUCGGGACCAGCAGGGCUUGAUGUACUGGCUCCAGCUAGACCAGGAGCAGAACAUCCGGCUCUAUACAGAGGAGCAGGAUGAUCUGGAUGGAUCCACGUGGAAGUGUAUUGUCAAGACCCGUAAUGACCUAGCUGAAGCUCUGGAACUGCUGAAGGCUCAGAUUGAGUCUAAUCAGUGUCAGGAUCAGGACCAAAACCAGAAUCAGGCAGGAUCCCACAGCACCAGCCCUGCAGAGAAAGACACAGCUAAUGAAGACUUUGGAGUCAAGAAUACCAACCCGCCCAAAACAUUUGCGGAACAAACUGAUAAGAAGGCCAAUCCUGUCACAGAAAAGAAACAAAUAAAGCAAGUAAUAAAGGAGGAGGAGGAGAUAAAGCAGGAAAACACUGAAUCCAAGAUGGAAGAGAAGAUGGAUCGUAAACUGGCUGCAUUUGAUAACCGCGUGAGCACGAUCACCGCCAUUAAAUCGGAACACAGAGACCCUGAUGGACCUAAAAAUGCUGUAUCGGUUCUUAUCUCACCUAGUGUGAGUUUGAUAAAGAUGAACCCAGAAGAUGAAGCAAAGAGGACCGCAGUCAGAUGCAACCAGCAGGCCAAGAUACCCCUGAAGAAGAGGGAUCUUAAGCUUGCAGGCUGCUUCCACACCAACCACCUUAACAACACCAACAGCAGCAGUAUUAUUGUCUGUAAUCCCUCAUUGGUCAACAGUAAAGACUGUCGGGGAAGAGAUGGGAAGGUACUGAACUCAUUAGCACCCCAAGGAAGUCCAGGAUCUUCUCUGCAGCAGCAGCAGCCGGUUGUCAUUGUAUCAAGGCAGGAACUGACCAAUGGUGGAGCUUCUCAUCUGCCUCCCAGAGAGGGUCAUAAUGGGGUUAUUGGUCAGGUUGGAGUUGUCAGUCAUGUCGGCGUCAUCCGCAGUCCACCUGAGCUUCACAGAGCUCUGGGUGCUGAGCACCGAGAGGAAAACGGGCCAAUGUCAGAACCCUCUGGGUUGAGGGCUGCAGAGGAAGGUAACGAAGUGAGCAGGCAGUCAGUCCUGGUUAAAAAGAGACAACCUGAUCAGGAGACGACACCAGCUCCCUCCACUCUUCCUCUUCAUGCAACACCACCAUUCACAUCCCUGAAAAUGGAAGUUAUAGAGAGGAAAGUGGAAUCUGUUAGUUUCUCCUCUCUGAACACCACAGAGACCAGUAGACAGAUGGGGGAAGACCAGAACACCAAAACAACAGAAAAGAUGGACGAGGGGAGGACCACUGAUCAUAACAGCGGUCAACAGGAAGAAGGUGAUCCGGAGGAGAGCAGAAAAGAAUCAAGCGGUGUCAUCUCACCUCAGAAAGCAGACAAGCUGAAUAAAAAGGACCAACAGGGACAAGGGGUCAAUGGUGGACUGGUCAGUGUAGUUAAGCUGAAGAAGAUUGGAUUUGUAUCAGAACAGAAAAGGCUUCCCCUGGAGGAAGCAUCUUCUGAGCUCCAGAAAGAAGGAAUCAGGCUGAAGAUCAAGAUCCCACCCCACCGGAGAAACAAGUUACGGAGAAAAGAAGGAAAGGAGGAGAUUAAAAACAGAGAGCAGGAAGUGGAGAAAGACGGGAGGCCACUGAGGAGAUCUGCAAGGAUAUGCAGAUCAUCUGCUUUGCCAAACUGCAGGCCAAGCUCGAAGGUGACAGAGAGCCAGAGAAAGAAAUCACAAAAACAAGAGACGCCACCUGCCAGUAUGAGGGAAGGUGAGGAGGCGGACGAGGAAGAAGAUGAUGAGGAGCAAAGCUCUCCUUUGACAAAGAACCAAAAACAAGAACCUUCUGGAAAAUUUAGCAAACGAAGGGGUAAACGAAGGCACGGGCGACCCCGAUGGACCAACGUUCGCCCGAAGAGACAUAAACCAAACGAGGAGGGGGACGAAGAGGACAAGGGGAAGAAACGAGGAGAGGAGGAGGAGAAAGAAGGAAGUGCCUCAGAGGAGGAAUUAUGUAAAUCCAAGGAGAUUCCCGCUGAGGAUGCCUGCACUCACUGUGGCCUUCCCAAUCACCCAGAAUUGAUCCUGCUGUGUGACCUGUGUGACAGAGGGUACCACACCGCCUGUCUGCGGCCGCCGCUCAUGCUGAUCCCAGACGGAGAAUGGUUCUGUCCACCUUGCCAACAUAAGAUGCUGUGUGAGAAACUGGAGGAGCAGCUACAGAACCUGGACAGCGCGCUGAAGAAAAAAGAACGGGCAGAGAGGAGGAGGGAACGGCUGGUGUAUGUGGGGAUCAGUGUGGAGAACAUCAUUCCUGAGGGAGAUGGGGAGGAAGGCGGGGAGGAGGAGGAGGAGGAGGAGGAGGAGGAGAAGUCUGCGAAGAAAAAAGAUCCCAAAAAGACCAAAACUCUGGGGAGGAGAUCAACCAGAACCAGAAAACACAUCAGCUACAGGUUUGAUGAUUUUGAUGAUGCCAUUGAUGAGGCUAUAGAGGAGGACUUCAGGGACCUCUGCAGUGGAGCAGAAACGGGCAAAGAAAUCCCCACCGUUCUAUCAGAAGUCGUAAAGGAAAACCAGCGGCCUAUCAGAUCCCAGACCCGUGCAGUCAGGAACAAGAAGAAACGGAGGCUGAACGACCUGGAGAGCGACAGCACGGCAAUAGAGAGCGAAGAAGAGUUUAUGCUGAGUAACAGCUCGGAAGAAGAAGAAUUUGGUGCGUCGGGUGGCGAUGAUGAUGAGGAGGAUGCAGGCAGCGAAGGCGGCGGCAGCUGGGACAAAGGAGCACGUCCCAAACGGGGUUUGAGAGGGGUGCCUAAAUACAAACCCAGGAGGGCCCAACGCAGGGGCAGAAAACGGCGGCGGAGACGGUCCAGCGAGGAGGAGAGUGAUAUAGGGAUGGAUUCUGAUCGGUUCAGUGACAUGACGGACAGCGACACGGACAAGAAGAGGCGUGGUCUCAGGCGGGGCCAGCGCCAGCAGGUGAACUACCGUGAAACAUCAGAGUCAUCAGACAACUCCAGGACCUCCACCAAAAAGGAGCAGGUGAAACGACGCGGCAGACCACGCAAGGAGCAUUUUUCAAGCGACUACAGCGACGUGUCAGCUUAUUCGAGAGAUUCUGAAGAGGAUGAUGAUUAUGAUGAGGAGGAGGCAGAUGGCCGGAGGAGAGUGGACAGGAGAAGAAGAAGAAGAGAGGAGGCAGAAGUCCGGAGUAGCAGGACAAAAGAGAGGCGGAGAAGAUAUAAGGAAGAAGGAAGAAUGCGGUUGAAGACGAGGCAGCUGGGGAAGGAUGAUGUUGGGAGGAGAUCAUCAGCGAGGACGGACAGAGAGGAAGAGGAUCCGGAGAGGAUGGGCAGAGGGAAGAGGAGGGAGAUUCUCUUGCAGCAGCGGCGCAGACGUCUCGCUCAGAUGCUCAAGAAACGGCGACCUUCGACUGACGAUGAGGAUGAGUCAGAGUCAGACGAUUCACAAUCUUCAUCAGGGGAUGAUCGUCCAAUCCGCAAAAGACUCAAUCGCAUCGACUCUGAUGACGAGGAGGAUGAGAAACACAGCGAUUCGGAUGACGAAGCAGAUGAGGAUAAAGGGCAAAAGAUAAUAAGUAAAAGGUCCUCGGGGGCGGUGCAGAGAGCUGACAACAAGAACGAUGGUGGCGCUCAGGAAAAAGGGAGGGGACGCAGCCUGUCUCCAUCAAACAGACAUCAGACCUGCAGAGACCCUCCAAAGCCUGGGACUGGAAGUCCAGCUGUGCGCAGGGACAGUGCAGGCUCAGGCAGACAGGAGAGCCAUAAUGGGCCCAUGCAUCUAUCCGGAGAGGAUGAAGAUGAGGAAGGCCAGUCGGACUCAUUAAACUCUGUCCAGAACAGCCCGAAGUCAUGAUAGCUGUGUUUGUGUACAUAUGGGUCACAUGUUUUUGUUUGGUUCUAUGAUCCAGAGAUCAGCUCUAAAACUGGACCUCCCUCUCUCACCAUCACUUCUCUUCUUUUCACUGUUACUCUGUGGUAGAACGCUACACCCGAACACCAUGCCCAACUUUCCGGACCAAAAGUCUCCUGACUGCUCGUCGCGGGAACAUUUUUAGACUCUCCUCGCUGAGUAACGGACCCUAAUGGAUCCACGUGACAUGGAAGCAGCAGGUUCAUUAUAUGGAGUUGAUUUGAAAUGCAUCCUGAAGCUCUUCAUCAUUCUCGUAGCAGAAACUCACCUUAGGAGAGUGUCAGGUCAAAACAUUUACAUCGGAUCAGUCUGCGUUUGUCUCAUGACGGUGAAGACAAUUUUCCCUUCCUUAUUUUAAUAAACAAAAUCUUCUGUCUCCAGUAUAGAUCUUGUUGGACAGAAACACCUGAAAAGCUUUUAAGAAAUUAUGAUUUUUAGGAUUUGGUAUUUUAUUGGCUAAGUUUAAACACACGUAUAGUAAAUCCAAUGAGAACUAUUGUAAUUAGUUCCUGUUUGAUUUAUUUUUAUACACCCGCCUGGCUUCUCUGUAUUUGUACCUCUCUAACUUUUUCACAUGUUGUCGCGCGACGACCACAAACUUCAGUGCAUCUUUUGCUUCAUAGACCAGUACAACAAAGGUGUGUAUCUUUAAAGAAAAGACAAAAUGAUGCACAACUUCCAGCAUUUUCUUUAGAACAGAAAUCUGAAGAGUGUGGCAUGAUUAGUAGAGCCACAUUUUGUUGCAGCAAUUAAGCUUAUUAGAGUGGGUGAGAUUUUUCAUUGCAAAUGGCUUCUCUUAGGCUUAGACCAUCUACUGAAUGAAAGAACUAAAGGAAAGCUUAAGAUUGGAGUCAGGAUACUGCAACAUUAGCAGCAAUUGGUACCCUGACACACUCUGAUGUCCUUACAGAUAGUCCCACUCUAUCCCCUACUGUGACCCACGCUGUCAUUCCAGGUGGGAGUUAAACUAGUUCACCUUGAAACCAUAGCAUGUCUUUGAAUGUUUACUCUGUCAGGAACCAUAAACUUAUAUCUUAAAGUAAAGCACCAAAUUAAACUCCCAGAAGUGAAUUUCUGUGAAUAAAACAAAAUCUAAAACGGUGUGUCUCUUCUUUCCAAAGGAUCCCCAAAAUUUCUCCUCAGAUGGACUGUGACUUCCCCCAUAGAGAUGACUUCCGCUGGUUGUGGCAAAAGGGACCGAGGCAUUUGUAUCAUCAUAGACUUGGGGUGUCUCUGCACAGCAGACAGAUGACCUCUGACCCUUGUUUCCAUUGUUCUUUGCAAAAUAGCCUAGGCUUAGUCAGAUUAGAUGUGAACAUCAGUUCUCAAAUGUUGCUCUCGAUUAGAUUUCUGUCUACUCUGAUCUAAACCAUCUCAUCGUAGCUCUAGUUGCAUGUUAGGGUUGUUUGUCCAGCUGGAACAGGUUUUCUUACACACUUUUCUUGUUAGGCUCCAUCCAUCUUCUCUUUCUGCUGGCUUUGCCGAAGCUGUCAUUUUAGGUGGGCAGCCAUUUCUUGGCUCUCUGUGAGAUGUUCAAAGCUUGGGAUAUUGAUACAGCCUAAUCCUUGGUCUUCAUGAUGCUGUUUGUUCUCUGACAAACCUUUGAUGGCUUCACAGAACAGAUUUUUGUCUAACAAAAGAUCUAAAACGUUCCUUUUCAUCCACUUUAUAAUCAUACGUUACGUUGUGUUGGUCUAUCACAGAAAAUGCUGCUUAAAACAUUGAAGCUUGUGGUUCUAAUGUGCCAAAACUUUGAAAAGGUUGAAGUGGUAUGAAGGCUUUUGAAAAGGCACCGUAUGAGACUUAAUUAUUACAUAUAUGUGUUCUUUAAAUACUGAAUUGUACAGCAGAAUGCCUGCAAAUACAUCCCCCCUAUUCAUUUGAUUUAAAUGUAAAAACUACUUUGGAUUCACAGUGUUCAGUUUCAGGCCACUUAGACCUGGAGGGUCCAUGUUUGCUGUACAUACUGUCUGUACGCUGUUCUUUGUAAGAUAAUAGAUGUCCUGUUUAGUCUUCUAGUAAAAUAUAGUGUUAUAUUUUCUAUAAGAAGGUGAGGAGGAGGGAUGCUGCUGCGAGUGACGUGUUUAGAUCGAUCAGCUUUCGGCAGUUUGCUCGUUUUCUCUGACAUUCUGCCGUGGAAAAGGAAAAAAACAAUAAGACACACAUUAGAUGAUUACCUUUUAUUUUUACGUGUGUUUGGAGCCUGAAAGAGCUGAACACUACUUACAGUUAGCUACUAGUCUUUUAUAGGUUUUUAACAUUUCAUGUCCUGAUGAAAGGAAUAAAACAAACAAACAAAAAAAGAAAUCCACCCUUAUCGUUUAUCUGACGGGUCUCAGGUCUGGUUCUUCUGACUAACAUCACUGUCGGGAGGCGACCUGAAAUACCUUGUCGAGUCAAAUAACUUUAGGUUUUAGAAGUGUUUUGGUUGUGCUUUUAAUGGGAAGAACCUGUUAUAAACAGACACUUAUUAAUAAUCACAUGGAGAUGUAUUUUCUACCCGUUAUAAGUUGCCUUUUAUGAAACAAGUUAGGGUAAAAACUUACACUACAUAGUCCUAACAUACAGUAUACAGGUAGAAGUACAAACAUUCAUUAAGUCUGUCUGGAAGGUAUUUUUCUUACUCGUUAGUAUUUUGCGUGUUUUUUUUCCAGUCACAGCACCAAGAAAAAACCACACAAACAAUUUAAUCAGAACCUGGAGCUGCUGUUAGUAGCGAUGCAUUGUAAAGUGUUUAUAUACGUAAUGGUUUUGUUUUGGUGAAAGAGUAAUAAAACACCUAGGACUUUGAGGUUCGCUCGGUUCGAGUUUUUUGUUUUUAACACGAUCGCAGUUUAAGUUUCAUGAGUUUUUUCUCUCUUUCCAGUUAAGAGUCCGAUGACUCGAGCUUCUCACCAUGUGACACAUUUUGAUUUAAACUACAUUCAUCCCUGUUGAUUCACCUCCAUAUGUAGUUUAUACAUCUAAAUGUAGGCUGACAGUUUUUUUGAGGCAUGAGAGGUGCUGCAGGCUCUCUGGCUGCUCUAGAAAAGGCAGGAAUCACCAUAACGACCGAAACUUCCUACUCUAUGUUUGAUUUCCUUUGUUGGCAGAAAUGUGACCAGAACUUUUCUUAGUAGGAUGGGAAAACCAUUCGGCUUCUUUUAGGCUUUCUGUUUGUUCAAAACUUUGCUUAAACUGAGUUUUUAAAAGCUUGACCCAUGACGAGUCUGUGAUACCUUUGCAGGUCCAAACAGAACAAAGGUCAGCCGAUGUCCUCCAGGAUGUUUUUUGCAGCCAUAAAAGUCCUGUGCAAUCUUUAUUUUUUAAAGAUUUUUUGUGUAAAGCUUCAAAAAGGUACCAUUUCACAAUUGAUUACUCUUUAAACAGCCAACUGAUUAUUUUAUUUGAGGAGGUGCAAAAAGAUCAACCUAUUUUUAAGAAAUGGCAAGUAUUUCCCUGAUGUUUAUGCAUAAAUGUGUUUUAGGGUAAAUCUGUCUUGUUCCUUAUUGAUUUGCACGAUGAAGAAGUUAAAACGUUUGACAAGAAAUUGAGAUUUAUAAGAAUAAUUGCACCACCUCUUUAAUUUAUCACUGUUGCUUGUGCCUGAGACAAUGAGAAAAGCUCAAACUAAUAAACGACUGCUCAAAGGAGGGUGAAUAAAUAAAUCUUUAUAAAGUGUUAAAAUGGUUAAAAAUCGGUUGUGUAAACUUUACAUUUUCUUAAAGGUUUAGCUUUUGUUACAGGUGGCCGACGCUUUGUAGAAACCACCAAAAAGCUGUAAAACUUGGAUGGUGGGAAAAGUGUUUUUUUACCUAAACAAAAUUGGGUUUUAAGUAAGUAACCAAAUGUUCUUUCAGGUACUUCCCUGUGGUUGUUCAGCUGUUGUGGGAUUACAUUACAAUACACACCCUCUUCUACCUGGGUUUCAAUAGCUCCUAAUCAUGUUUUCUUCUCAUCAAAGAGUUUAAACGAUUUCCUGGAUGCAGAAAUGUGAUGAUUUACAUCGAUGUGGAAAAAGGGAGCACAUUUUCUGGGAUCUGACUGUUUAAAAUCUGUGUCAGUAAACGUCUGGUUCUUUGAAGUGAGAUGAAACAUCACAGUGCGGUUUUUUAUUGCCACCAUUCCAGCAUCGUUCCAGCUGUGCUCCGGUUUCAUGAUGUAUAAAACUGGCACCACUGGAUGUGAAUGUGGCUCCUUCCAUUUUUCUCUGUUGUACUGUUACUGUAGUGCUGCUGUAACAAAUGUUUUCUAAGUUAUUAAAACCAACAUCUCAAGCA